AGCGAAGGCUGGAACGGCUAGAGGGAGGUGCGUAGCUGCAGCUCAAAGAAAAUGAAUGGCACACUGGAUCACCCAGACCAACCUGACCUAGAUGCUAUCAAGAUGUUUGUGGGUCAGGUCCCACGGAGCUGGUGUGAGAAGGAUCUAAGAGAACUUUUUGAACAGUAUGGUGCUGUUUAUGAAAUAAACGUCUUGAGGGACAGGAGCCAAAACCCUCCACAAAGCAAAGGGUGCUGUUUUGUUACAUUUUAUACCCGAAAAGCUGCACUAGAAGCACAGAAUGCUCUUCACAACAUGAAGAUCCUCCCAGGGAUGCACCAUCCUAUCCAGAUGAAACCAGCUGACAGUGAAAAGAGUAAUGCAGUAGAAGAUAGGAAGUUGUUUAUUGGAAUGAUAUCCAAGAAGUGCAAUGAAAAUGAUAUCCGAGUGAUGUUCUCCCCCUUUGGGCAGAUUGAAGAAUGCAGGAUAUUACGGGGCCCAGAUGGCCUAAGCCGAGGUUGCGCAUUUGUGACUUUUACAACAAGAGCCAUGGCACAAACAGCAAUCAAAGCAAUGCACCAAGCACAAACCAUGGAGGGUUGCUCUUCUCCCAUUGUGGUAAAAUUUGCUGAUACGCAGAAGGACAAAGAGCAGAAACGAAUUGCUCAGCAACUCCAGCAACAGAUGCAACAGAUCAGUGCUGCCUCGGUAUGGGGAAACCUGGCUGGUCUCAACACACUUGGACCCCAGUACUUAGCACUCCUUCAGCAGACAGCAGCUGCGUCAUCUGGAAACCUGAAUACAUUGAGCAGCCUCCACCCAAUGGGAGGACUGAAUGCGAUGCAAUUACAGAAUCUGGCUGCAUUGGCAGCUGCGGCCAGUGCAGCUCAGAAUACACCGAGUGGCACCGCUGCACUCACUUCUUCCAGCAGUCCCCUGAGUGUGCUCACCAGCUCAGCAGGUUCCUCACCUAGCUCCAGCAGCAGCUCCUCUGUUAAUCCAAUGGCUUCUCUUGGAGCAUUGCAGACGCUGGCAGGAGCUACAGCAGGCCUCAACGUUAGCUCUUUAGCAGGAAUGGCAGCCUUAAACGGAGGACUUGGCAGUGGUGGUCUCUCGAACGGGACAGGUAGCACAAUGGAAGCCCUCACGCAGGCUUAUUCUGGAAUCCAGCAAUAUGCUGCUGCUGCAUUGCCCACACUCUAUAACCAGAGUCUCUUAACACAGCAGAGUAUUGGUGCAGCAGGAAGUCAAAAAGAAGGUCCAGAGGGAGCCAAUCUGUUUAUCUACCAUCUCCCCCAGGAGUUUGGGGAUCAGGAUCUGCUGCAGAUGUUCAUGCCAUUUGGAAAUGUUGUCUCUGCCAAGGUUUUCAUUGACAAGCAGACCAAUCUAAGCAAGUGUUUUGGUUUUGUAAGUUACGACAAUCCUGUCUCUGCACAGGCUGCCAUUCAGUCAAUGAACGGCUUUCAGAUUGGCAUGAAGCGUCUGAAAGUACAGCUCAAGCGCUCUAAGAAUGACAGCAAGCCAUACUGAGUGCCCCUCCCCUCCGGGACUGGAGUGAGAAGGAUCUUCUGGUAAGUUGGAGAGGAGCGCACUUAGUGAUUCGAAGCCCUAAGGCUGUGUUUUUACAGUCCUGGAAGCUGAUUCAUGCCUUCUAUCUGGCACACCUUCCCCUGAAGACUCGGCUGCAGCCUCUGCUGAGAAUCCCGCUUCGGAUGGAGGACAAGUUUGUGCUUUUGUUUCCAGUGUUUUACUUUGGAGUUUAGGUGCCAUAUCACUGAGGGUUUUGUUUUUUUGUUUUUUGGUUUUUUUUUUCCUCCCUUAUUUGAAGUUUGCUGUGUUUGUUAUCGGUGUGUGUUGAGAAGGACCAAUGCCAGCUCCUUGGGGAUGGGGAGGCAAGGUUAAGGGGAGCAGCAUAAACUGACACCACACUGCCUUGGGGGAGAGAGGAGAAGGGGAAGCAGAACUGACACCACGCUGCCAUGGGGGAGAGGAGAAGGGAAAGCAGAAUUAACUCAGAAGAGCUGAUGGAAACAAAGAUGGGGAAGGAAAACUGAGUCCAUCCAAGUUUGGGUGAGCAAAGAACAGACUCCAUGUAGCCUUUGUCACGCCCCAUCCACUCUGAAAUUUCCUUAACUGUAUGCCAUGGUGGGGAUUUAGUAAAUCAUCUCUAAAGCAGGAGACAGGCUAGAAGGGUAAACACAUUAACAAGCCAAAGGAAAACUGCAGUGAUUUUUUUUUUUCUGUAUAUAGUGUUUAUAUAGCACUGUGAAUGUACACAGCACUUUACAAAAUUGUUAGAUAAUGUCCCUGCCCAGAAAAUUUCACUAUUUACAGUUGAGUAUUAAUGAUAUGCAGUGAAUUUCUCCAGAUUUAAGAAAACUUAUCCUAUGUACUUUAUCACGGUUUUGUAGAAAGGUAUAGAGAGAGACAGGUUAGUCUGGAUGAAUACAUCUGGGACUGGAAACAAGAAACUUCUGAUGCUUGGUAACUUGCAGAAUUUUUUUUGAUAUUUUUUCUUCUUAACAGUUCAUCACAUUCCCCAUUUCUGUGGAAUAAUGUGCUUUUUGCAGACUAUUACUUUGAAUUCAUUCUCAUAUGCAUAAUGUAAGUGCUGUUUGUUUCUCUAUUAAAAUGACUGUUAAAUUGAGACACAAAGCCCAGAGUUACCCUGACACAGCUCGAGGCUCAUACACGUUCUCAUAGGAUUUGAUUUCUCAGUCUUAACUCUGUUGCAAAGAUAACUUUAAAAAAAGCCAAACAAACAGCAAACAAAAAACAAUUUGUACAGUGAUUUGGUCUAGUAAUUAGGUAUUUCUUUAUGCUGCAGUUUUCCUUUAAGGUGGUGUGUACCAGUGCAAAACAGGCUAACACAGGAGCUGUGGAACCAGAGCAGAGUAUUGACCCAUUCAGUCUUAUUCUGCCUGUUGGUACAAGCUGUUAUCUUCUAUACUGAAGGAAAAUUGAACACACCCCUUCAGUGAACACACACUUUUUCUGCACACUUGUGAAAUUGCUAAUGCGUUGCUAAGGGCCUUUGUUAUACACUGGUUUUAGGGGGCUCAAAGGACUUUUGACACUCUGGCCUGAGUUGUUUUAAGAAAUCAGAAUCCUGUUUUAUAACCACCAAAAUCCACCUCUGUCACAAGAGGAAGUUUACAAUUUCUGUGUGUCUUUAACAGAAGUUCCAUUUACCUCAUAUUUUCUCUUUUUCCUUGUUUUCUUUGUGUUCCUGGUUUGUGAUGCUGUUUCCCAGGGCACCAGCCAACACUGCAGUCUGGGAGCCAGCUGCUAAAUGAUGAUUGUGUGGGUCAGACACGGAGUUGGGGCUUUCUGUUCCGCUCCAGCAGGAGGAACGCUAAACCCAUCAGACCUGAGAUAGCCUUCAGAACCCACAGCCAUGGGCAGUGGUCUGUUGGAGGUGGUCUGUUGGGAGUGUCAGGCAUUCCCAGGGACUGGGUCCCCUGGGAUCUCAAACCUCGUAAGUGCAAGGCCUGACACACAGCACCCAAGAAGAGCCCUUUCCAUUCUUGAAUUGAAAAUCAGAGAGUUAGUUGAUGCUGCUCUGUCUGUCUCGAUGGCAGACAGGUAGAUCUAUCAGUAUUAUUUAAAUAAUUUGGUGGUGGCAAAGGUUCGAAGGCCAGAUUGCCAAAUUUCCAAGUUACGCUGGCAUGUGGUACCCUUCUGUGUUAAUUAUUUGAAUCUCUCUAGAAACGUAAACAUACACUAAAGUGAACCAUGUACACUUGAAUUCUGCGUGAUGGGAAAGAUGUGUCCUGGUUUUCUGAGAAAAGAGUGUUGGAGUGUGAAGGCCUUCAGGGUGAUAAUGGAAUUUUUUUUUUUUUUUUUAUAAAUAAUGUACUUUUCAAAAAAAGGAAAAAAUUAAAAAAAAAAACCCACAUAGUUGGGAGCAGCUGCUCCAAGUGCAACCUGCUGUAACCAAGAAUGUUGUUUCUAUUUUUAUAGAAGUUUUAUACCGCUCCAGGGUGGAGAAUAUUUAUUACCUAAAUUAUUUCACUGGAAAAAAAGGCCAGGGUUUUGUAGAAUCCUGAAUGUGAUUGUUUUACACACAUAAUGAUGUGCAUGAUUGAAACUACUGAUUUUCAGUGGCCUGUUUGCAGCCCAACAACUGCUAAAUGGGGAAGAUGAACGCUGUGAACCAGUGGAGGAGAGCACUGUGCUCUGGGGUCUCUACAGUCACUCUUACCUUCUUUGCACCCUACCCCACUGUACUAUCUGAGACCUUUGUCCUGCUUGUCUUUUAACUUGCUGCUCUGGCCUCUUUACUAGUCAUUUCAGUUGCCCAAAAUUAGGUAUUUUAGCUUCUGCAUCCUAUAUAAUACUCAAUACUGUAACUUACAGAUCAAGCUUGGCAUUGUUGCAAAUAGGUGCAACUCCUAUUGACUUCAGGAGAUUCACCAGUUUACACUGUGGCUUAGUUUGAUCAGUGACUCCUCCCAUACACAAUCACCUAAGACACCAAACUUGGGCUAGCUCUUGUGCCUUAUUGGCAUAACUGUAAGUAUUGCCGAAAAAAAAACAA